UGUAUGAUAGAAACAUACAUAUAUUUCUGAACUUUUCUGUACAGUGAAAGAUUAAAUUUACUGGUAGUCCAUUUUCCAUGGCCUUCUGAAUAUAAAAAUGGGACCGAGGAGUCUUUAAACUGUGAUUUAACAGAUUUCAAUGUAAAGAAGCAGGGUUGGUCAAAACAGGGAAUUAUAUCGUGUACGAUAUAAUUCCCUGGUCAAAAUCAAGACGAAAUGCGCAGUAGGCCAAGCCUACAAAUGCCCCCCACAGUUCGCUGUACAUAAACAAACAACAGCUUUAUUAAACGGAAGUACACCGUAGCAGGCAUGAUCCGGAUGUGACGCCAUUCCAACUGUCAGAAUUUUUUUAUGGUGAGCUGUUUUACGAGGUUUCUGGGGAAGAUUAUCAUGGAUUAUCAUUUCACAUUGAAUACAAUACCAAGCUUGUACAUGUAAAAACCUAUCAGGAUCUACCAUUACACCCAAUUAAUGACAUUAAUUAUCAAUUAUCAGUACCGGUUUUGCCGAACAAAGGACUGGGCUGUGCUCCGAUUUAAACCGAGGGCCACCGUACAUAAGCCUCACCAUAGAAGUAGAGAAAGAAAGACUACUUCUCUGGCCUCACUUAUCGUACGUGGUAUGUGUUGCUGCCAUUUUAACGUUGAAUAAAUGUAAACAUCCAGCCUUGACCGUGAUUCAAAGUAUUUGCAAAUUAAAAUGGCACACCAUGGAGGCAGAAGGUUUUAAUAUGCCCCAGUCUGGAAACAGUACAGAUAACACAGAAAGUGAAAAUACAUCCUAUGAUAAAAAGAGAAGAAGGAGGACCAUCCAGUCCAAGUAUACUAAAAAUAAACACGAACCAAGUGACAGUGAACUCAGAUUUGCCAAGAAUAAUAAAGAAAAACAACAACGAAGUGACCACAAACGUAGAUUUGCCAAUUUCAGUUGUCAUAGUCGGCAUUCUUUUAGAUGUGCUUUGCAACAUCUGCAUGAACUAAAUACAAAUUUCACAACGCCCUGUAAAGUGGAUAUAACACAUGAUAUAGGCAGCAUAUUCUAAGUGUGACAGUUGCUGCCCUAGACAAUUAACAUUUUACUAAUAAAGACUAGGUUUGCUCAAGAUUAGUUUAGAGGUGCAUAGUAGGAGAACUGUUACUCAAUACUAAAACCAAGUUUUUCUCAUUUAGUGCUGAAAAAUAUAAAAAAGGGAAAAGGAUACAAAAAAAUUUUAAUAAGCAUAAAGGAAAUCAUACCCCCCCCCAAAAAAAAAAAGAAACUAAAGGAAACAUAUCCUUAAAACAAGGCACUCAUUUAAGUAGAAAGGAAAGCACAAAAAAAAAAGAAAUUAAAAAUAAAAAUAAAUAUUUUGAUAGAAAGCACUUUACAAAUACUCAAAGGAAACUAAAACUGACAUUAUGUCUUCACAACAAAAUCGUGGUGGCCCCAUACCAGCCACUGGUAUACAGUGGGGAUCCAUGGGAGAACCGUCAGCCCGUCUGGGCACCUUUGUCAAUUGGCCAUCGGACAACCCCCUGCGAGCCGCGGACCUAGCAGAAGCCGGGUUUAUACACAUGGGUCAGGGAGACAUGGUGAAGUGUGUCUACUGUGGAUUAAUGAUAAGAAAUUUUGAGCCUGGCGAUACCGCCAUGGGGGAGCAUUCGAGACAUUCUCCAGAAUGCCCCUUUGUUAUAGAGAAACUACGUUCGGAAAGGCAGACAGAAAAUUUCCGGCAAAUAUUUUCAACACAGUCCGAAUCUUCUGGCUAUGGGGCAGGAUCUACUGGAUCGACUGGACCUUCUGUUGCUACCAGAACAUCUGCGGCAACAUCAGGAUUUGCCACAGGGACAACAUUGCAAUCAAGAUGGCCGUCAUUAAUAUUGGAAAAUAGCCCAAUAGUUACUGAAAAACCAAGACAUCCAGAAUUUUCUACCAUACAAAGGAGACUAGCUACUUAUAAUAAUUGGCCAAGUGACAAGACCCAGAGACCAGAUAUGCUUUCUCAUGCUGGCUUCUUUUACGCUGGCUUUAACGACAAUGUUAAAUGCUUCUUUUGUAAUGGAGGCCUGAAAAAUUGGGAACCUGGAGAUGAACCGUGGACGGAACAUGCCCGAUGGUUUUCCAAAUGUGGCUAUGUGAAACAGUGCAAGGGUUUGGACUUUAUAAACAGUAUUAAAAGAAAACAGAAUGAGUCAGCUGCAGGCACUCCUCCACCUUCAGCACCUGCAUCCAGAGCCCCCUCAUCCCGAGACAGGACGUCAGAGGCGCUGAUGAAGCCUUACGCCAGGGCAGUGAUGGAACUGGGAUAUACUAAUGAAAUGGUGAAACUGGCCAUUGAAAACAGAUUUAGAGACUCUGGAUCAGAGUUCCCAGAUGCCCCCUCAUUACUAGAUGCCAUCUAUGAGCUAGAAGAAAAAGAAAGAGAAGAAAGAAAGAGACAAGAGAUGAGAGAAUUAGAAUUGAAUGAAAAUUCAGCAGCCUCAUCGCUUAUUUUACCCCAGGACGAGCCUAACACUGAGCCUCAAGAUGAGCAGCAACCAGGAGCAGCAGCAGCAGCGCCAUCUAGAGAACUGCCAGAGGAAUAUCAAACUCUGAGAGAGGAGAAUAGAAAACUGAAAGAAGAGAGAAUAUGCAAAAUAUGUCUUGACGAUGAAGUUUCAGUUCUCUUGCUUCCGUGUGCGCAUUUAGUUGCAUGUGCCCACUGCGCUCCUGCGUUAAGACGCUGCCCUAUAUGUCGAGGAGUCAUAGAAGGGACAGUUAGGACGUAUAUUCCGUGAUAAGAAAUGUUCUCCUUAGCCAUACCAAAGGUUGUUUAUGUUUGAAUCUAUUUAUGAGUUUGAUAUUUAAAUAUCAUAUUCGGUACAAGUUAUAUAUUCUUAGGAAGUCACUUUUGUUAUUUAUUUAUUUAUUUAUUUAUUUAUUUUGUUUAGAGUUUAUGAAUGAAAUUGAUAAAGAUAAGUUGUUCAAGUAAAACCCUUAAAGGAUUUUGAUAUCCUAGGUUGAACUAAUUUUUUGUCAGAAGUGGGAUAUCAGAAACAUUACUAUUUUUUUUAUAUAAGCCUUUAUUAGCUCCCAUGAGGUACUUGUGAUUUGCAUAACAUAUCAGUUCUAUAUAGAUGAAAAAUUACUUUUG